CUCAAGGAUAAGUGGAUGUGUCUCCCGCAAGUUGAUCGAUCCACCAUGGGUCAUCAGCUUGUCCCAAGACAUACAUGCACACCCGGAUGUCCGCCUUCCCCAUGCACAGCACAUCUCCAUAUGCACGGCGACGCGCGGUUCGUGAUAGGCAAUAAGAGCACGGCGCAGUAUGAAAUGGACCAAUGACACGACAUAGCGCAGAAAGGGCCCUCGACAGGAACACCAAAAAUGUGACUCUGCAAAGCCUUUCCCGAGCAGGGCGUCAUCUUUGGUGUCCUGCCAGCACUCAUUCGGAUGGAACACACACACACGGACAAUGCAUGCACACGCGUCACUUGAAUGUUACACAUGCAUCAUUCAUUCAGCCCACACGCAUCAUUCAUUCAGCAAACACGCAUCCACUCGCUCGUCAGCCGCCGAUAGCAAGCGAAUCAGCGAGCGGCUUCCUGCCGAUGUCUUCGCUGUCAAUGAACUUGCCCGUGGCCAGCCAAUGUGCACAGCCUGGGGGCAGCGUCGCUGCCUUGGCCUCAUACCGGAUGACCUGCUCGGGCGUCAAAACGUCCUUCCACCGACCGUUUGUUCCCUGCGGACACCCAUGCGAUCGGUGCGUGUUCUGUGUUGUGUGCUGAUCGUGUGCUUGGGUAUCCAUCUACCUUGUUGAUGAAAGUCUUUGCUCCGCCUUCCCAUACCCUGCCGCCAGCGGGGGCGAACAGGUGGGCGUGCUCCUUCAUGUGCUCGAAUGUGCACCGCUCCACCUACACCCAUCGACACACCGACACAGCACAAGUCAAUUGCGGCACAGAGAAUACGUGUGUGUGCGUGUGGCGUUCGGACUUGUUCGUCGAAGAUGGUCUCAUCGAUGGGGAUGUUCAGAAAGGCCGCCACGCGUCGCAUCUCGCCGGGCAGGUCCUUCUUGAGCUUGUUGAAGUGCACGAACAGCACGUUGGGGAGGCCUCGCAGGUGCCACCACGACUCGACAUUGGUGAACAGCGACCACCACGGCCAGCCGUCGGUCUCCCUGCACCGACCACACCCACACGGACGCACAGAUGGACUCAGAGGGAUUGGUGUCUCCGCUGUGUGUGUGGUAGGUACCAGGGGUGAGAUGGCCAGCCCUGUGACAGCCACAUGUCGAAACUGAGGACAACAAGCAAGAGUGCAAACCAGCGCCUUAUGAAUGUGUUCGUUCCUCUCCUACGCCUUUGACUCGUCAAUGUCCUCGAUGUCCGUCCAUCGGGGCAUCGGGGGCCCAACUCUGCCAGGCUUCUCAUACCUCACGUCAAGAGUUUCAUCGUUAGUAUUUUUCCAGUGACUGCAGCCACAUGCAGAGCCACAGAAAUACGGGUUCUCCUUUGCCUAUGCUGCGUCUUUGCUUUUGUCCAGCUCACUUGAGCAUUGACAUGAAGGCGUCGCGGCCAUCCCUCGCGACAUAGAUGUACUUGCACUGCAUCCAUCCACAUGAGUACAAGAGCACGUGUCAUCCCACAAUUCAUCCCACCGCCCCGCCCCCGUGUCAACAACCGACCUGUGGAUGGAUGGGGAGUGCGUCCGAGGGCAGGUGUGUCUUGAGGCACCUGGGAUGGGUCUGCGCCUCGAGGGCUGCCAUCUUGUCCUCUCGCGGUUCCCCUAUUCGGCAGUCCAGCCACGGGCUGAUCUCGUGCAUGGCCUUGCCGCCGGGGUAGGCCUCUCCCUUGAAGAGCAGCUGGCACACUAUCUGCUGCAUCCAUGUGGUGCCACUCUGAUGGUAUGAUUGAUUGACACACGAACAGAGUGAGAGAAGCAUGUGAUGUCAGGCAAAUCUGCUCGUGUGUGUGCACCUUGUAAGCGGUGCAGACAAUCACGUCGGUGUCGCGAGGCGUCCAGUCAUCCCAGUAGGUGCUGUCGAACAGGACGCUGAGGUAGGUGCGGUGCCGCUUCUUCAGAUAGUCCUCGUCCACACGAGUCCAGUCGACGUCAACAGGCGACGGAAUGCCCUCUGUGUCUGAAGGUUCAGGCAUUGAUGGCAGCAACAAAGGGAUGCGCAGAUCUGUUGCAAUACAAUACGAUGCAGCAAAGACGCUGCAAGAAACUCGUCCAGGCGCCUCGUCCUUCG